AUGAGUGACCUGCUGGACGAUCGAGCGGGGGUGGAGGAGGUGACAGAGAAGGAGCGACCCGCCGGCUCUGAGGAUGAGGACGAGGACGAAGAUGAGGACUUUGAGGAUGGGGACGAGACCAAGGAAGGAGCUUCGGGCCAGGACAGCAGCGAAGAAGAGGAGGGUCCCGAUGACUACGAUUACGACGAUAAGUUCCUAGUGCGAGAGGACGAGGACGAGGAUGGCGAUGGCGCAGCAGAGGGCGAGGCCCAGCCCCCCGCCGGCGCCGCCAAGCACGCCAAGAAGAAACGACGGCACCGGGAGCUUGUGCUGGAGGACGACGACUACGACCUGCUGGAAGAGAACACGGGGAUCCGGAGAGCCCGCCCCGCCGCCCAUCGCCGCAUCAAGAAAGCGCGGGAUGCGGACCGGGGCCUGGGCCGCGAGGGCGGCGCCCAGGCCCUGCAGGAGGAGCUCUUUGGCGCCGAGCUGGAAGUGAGGGGGAGAGGCGAGUUUUGUCUGGAUGAGGCCAACGACAUCUUCGGGGACGUGUCGGACCUGCUGGCGAUGUACGAGGACCGCAAGGCGGCCGGGGCCCGGGAGGCCGGGGAGGAGGCGCUGGACGAGGGUGCCGAGGAGGUGGAUGCCGAGGAAUUCAGCGAUGAGGAGGUCGCCGAGGCCCUGAGGCUGCAGCGUCGCCACUUCCUGACGGCGCGCGACGACGCCAUCCGCGACGCGGACCUGCCGGAGCGCCUGCAGCUGGCGGACGACCCCACGCCGCGCGACUGGGACCUGGGCGCCUGCGCGGCCUGGGUCACGGCGCGGCUGGCGGAGGACCCGGGCGUGGCGGGGCAGCUGGUGCGCGCCGGAGUGCGCGAGGUGGAGGGCCCGCCCCCGGCCUGGCAUGGCGGCGAGGCCUGGCGCGCCGGCGAGCUGGAGGGCGGCCUGCGCUCCACCGCCGACCGGCGCGGGCUGUAUGCAGGGCACGAACGUGGCGAGGAGGGCGCGGCGCGCGGCCUGCCCCCCGGCGCGCUGCCCGCGCUGAACGAUGCGGUGGCGGCGGCGCUGGAGGAGGUGUACCAUCGCCACCGCGAGGUGCCCACCAUUGGCAUGUACGCCAAGGAGCGCGUGGCGGAGCUCCUGGUCCUGCGCCGCACCGACGAGCCCUACUUCACCAAGGAGGACGAGGCCAGCCGGACGUACCCGGCCGGCAGCAUCCAGCCGCGCGACCGCGUCAUCCGGCGCUGGGACGUGCUGCACGCCGUGCACGACCUGGCGCGGCGCUGGCGCGCGCUGGCGCGCCUGCGCGCAGCACGCGCGGCCGCGUACGAGGCGGCGCUGGCGUCCGCGAGCGACGCGGACGAGGCGGCCGGCAUCUCGCAGUGCCUGGAGCGCCUGGCAGAGGCCCAGGACCGGGAGGGCGUGGAGGACGUGGACGCGCGCUUCCGCCAGCUGACGCUGCGCGGAGAUGCCGGUGCGCCGGCCGCGCCGCGCCUGGACGACGCAGGCGGCGACGCGGCCUCGGCGGCGCGCCGCCCGCGCGCCGCGCAGAAAGCCGGCGGCUACGACCUGCUGCGCCGCGCGGGGCUGGCGGCCGCGGUGCCGCGCUUCGCCUUCACCUCCGCCCAGCUGGCAGAGUACCUGGCGCAGGGCUUCGUGCCGGCGGGCGCCGAGCCGCCGGACCCCCCCGUAUCGCCCGCGGAGUUCGCCCUGGAGUACCUGGCCCCCGACCUGGGCUUCGCCAGCGGCGAGGCGGCGCUGGGCGGCAUCGUGCGCGCCGCGGCGGCACAGCUGGCGGCGGAGCCGGUGGUGCGCGCGCACGCGCGCGCGCACCACUGGCGCGCCUGCACGCUGUCCACCUUCCCCACGCCCGCGGGGGAGGGCGCGCUGGAGCCCACCCACCCGCUGGCGCUGGCCAAGCGCCUGCGCGGCAAGCCGCUAGCAUCCUUCGCCGGCUCCGACCUGUACGCGCGGGUGGCCGCCGCGGAGCGCGCGGGCCUGGUCACCGUGAGCCUGGACGUGGCGGGGGGCGCGGGCGCGCUGACCGCCGCGCUGGAGGCGGUGUACCUGUCGGGCCGACUGGCGCCCGUGGCGCGCGAGUGGGAGGCGCUGCGCCUGCGCGACGAGGAGGUGCCGGAGGGCGAGCGGCGCGUGGUGGGCGCGGUAUGGGGCCCGGGCACGCCGCCCACGACCCUGGUGGCACUGGACCCGGCCGGCGCGCUGGUGGACUGGCUGCACUGCCCGCAGUGGAGCGGCGCGGUGCCGCGGCGCCGUGGCGCGGCCGGCCCCUCCGACGACCCCUUCGCGGACCCGCGGCGCGCGGGCGACGCCGCGCGCGUGCGCGCCUUCCUGGAGGCCCACGACCCGCACCUGCUGGCCGUGGGCGCAGGACAUCCCGAGGCGCGCGGCCUGCACGCUGACCUGGCGGGCGUGCUGGACAGCGUGCUGGUGCACGCCCCCGGGUCACGCCUGGCAUCGGGCCUGGCCCUGGUCUGGGCCGACGAGCGCGUGGCAGCGGCCUGGGAGGGCAGCGCGGCGGCGCACGCGGAGCUGCCGACCGCGGCGGGGGUGGCGCUGGAGGAGGCAUUUGCCGAGCCGCGGCACGUGGAGGCGCUGCGCCUGUCGCGCCUGGCCGAGGCGCUGGCGGGGGAGGGGGGCGAGGGCGCGGGCCCGCCACCGGGGCUGGCCACCCUCAUCGACAUCCAGUUCGAGUUCGCGCGGCCCUACGGCGAGCUCCGGCCCAAGGCCAAGCGCCUGAAGGAGGAGGAGCUGUUCUGGCUGUGCCUGGGCGAAACGCCCGAGACCCUGGCGGCAGGCAAGAAGGUGGAGGCGCGCGUGCGGUAUGUCACUGCUGGCGUGGCCUUUGUCAGCCUGCCCGACCUGGGGAACAUCGACGCGACCAUCCAAGCUGGCAACGUGUCCGGCAGCCACGGCGAGGUGGACUGCCGCGACUUUAUGAAACAGGGCGACAACCUGACGGCCAGGAUCAUCUUCCUGGACCCGGCGGAGUGGAGGAUAGAGCUUUCCACCACCUCCCAGGCCCUCAACGACGACGCGGCCUGGGAGCAGCGCCUGCUGUGCAGCAGGGAGCCCUACUACGUGCCCCUGACACUGGCGGAGAAGGCGGCGGCUGAGCGAAGCCGGCGCCCCGCCAAGCCCGCGUUCACGCCGCGCCAGAUCCGCCACCCCCUCUUCGAGAACAUCUCCAUGAACGAGGCGGCCAAGCGCCUGAUGGAGGAGGGGCGGCCUGUUGGCUCCGCCAUCUUCAGACCCAGCCACAAGGGUACGCGGAACAUAAUCCUGUCGCUGCGGAUGCCGGGGGGCCAGGUCUGGCACCUGGACAUCAUGGAAGGGCCCAAGGUCGGUGCUCUGUAUCGUACUUCUGGCUUCACGGUCAACCUGGGUCGCGUGUUUUUCCGAGGGGUCUCGGUCGCCGGCGAGGAGCCAGGCGUCUAUCGCAAUGGCAAGGGCACGGGGCAGCUGCAGCUGGGGACGCCGCUCAACAUGGAGGUCAUCCCGGGGAAGAAGCGAGAGGUGUACGAGGAGCUGGACGAGGUGGUGUCGCGCUUCGUGGAGCCCUUUGGCCUGCACUGCCAGGCCCUGCAGCGCUUCCGGCACUGGCGCGACGCAGCCUGGGAAGCCGCCAGCGAGGAGCUGGUGGCGCUCAAGGCGGGCGUGCCUGCCAACCAGGCCGUGUACUGCCUGGGCGUGGAGCCCCGCCAGCCCGGCAUGUUUUACCUGGGCUACGUGCUGGGCCGCACCCCACACCGCGAGUUCUUCAUGGUCACCCACAGGGGCUUCCACUUCCGGAAACAUGACUACCGCACUGUGGAGCACAUGGUCAACCAGUUCAAGAAAGCGCCGCGGGGCGACAGCUUCACAACCCCGGGGGCCAGGCACGCGGCAGCGCAGCCGGGAGCGGGCGCGGAGCCGCAACAGCCGCAGCCGCCCCAGCAGCCGCCGCAGCCGCCCGCAGAGGCGGUGCGUCCUCACUACGGCGCGCACUCCUACCCCGGCGCGUCGACUCAGGCGUACGACUAUCCGCCGUACCCCCCGCAGUACCAGUAUCCUCAAGCAGGGAAUCCGUACCCAGCCUACGCUGCUGGGGCUGGUGUGGCUCCGGGGCCACCCCCCGCCGUGAAUCCCGCUGUCGGAUAUGGGUAUGCUGCCCCUGCGUGGCAGCCACCCCUGCCACAGGGCUGA